AUGAGUGCCACUACCUCUUCCAAGUACUUUACCCAGAUCACCUCUACUCACCCUGAGGCCCAUGAGGUUGAGAUCAGCACCUCCGGCUGUCUCUUUGAUCUUGACGGCACACUCAUGCUUUCCACUGACUGCGUUGAGGCAUUCUGGCGCGACUUUGGUGCCACCUACGACAUUGACGCUGAGGAGCUGCUGCGCACCUCGCACGGCCGCCGCACUCUCGACAUCCUGCGCAUGUGGAAGCCCGAGCUUGCCAACAAAGAGAUGUCUGCCAAGUUCGAGGCCACCAUUCCUCAGCGCUGGAAGCACAUUGCCAAACCUGUUCCUGGUGUGCACAAGUUUUUGAGUGAGUUGCCUGCUUCUCAAUGGGGUAUCGUUACUUCAGGCACCACCGUGAUGGCUACCUCAUGGCUCAGUGACUUUUUGGAGAUUACUCCCCCCGAGGUCUUUGUUACCGCUGAGCACAUUGUCGAGGGCAAGCCCCAUCCCGAAGGCUACAUGAAGGGCCACAAGGACCUCGACCUGGCUCACCACUUCCUUGUUUUUGAGGAUGCCCCCGCUGGUAUCCGCGCUGGCAAGGACGCUGGUGCCUUUGUUGUCGGCAUGGCUACUACUUAUGGUGCCGACAAGGUCAAGGCCGCUGGCGCCGACAUUGUCAUUCCCGAUUUGACCCACAUUCGUGUUAAGAGCUGGGAUGCUGAGACUGGCGUUUUGAAGCUCGCCGUUACCAACCCUCUCUAA